AUGUGCUCGUCUUACCUCUUUCACGGCCAGACCGUUCGAGCAUUCUCAACGACGCCCGUCUCCCAGCUCAGGGACUUCUUUCCUGCCAAGGACACCCCUCACAUCAAGAAGACGCCGCCGGCAUGGCCCCAUCCCGGCUUCACGAUCGAGGAGCUCCAGCAGGUAACGCCCUCGCAUCGUCCGCCGCGUGGCUUCGGCGACUGGGCUGCGUGGAAGAUUGUGCGGCUGGCGAGAUACUUUAUGGACAAGGCCACGGGCAUGGACCGCGAGCAGCAGGUGGAUAAGAAGCAUCCGACAACCUCCGUCAAGGCGGAGAAGCCACUUACAGAGGCCCAAUGGCUCGUCCGAUUCGUCUUCCUCGAAAGCAUUGCCGGUGUCCCAGGGAUGGUGGGCGGCAUGCUCCGCCAUCUUAGCAGCCUCCGGUACAUGAAGCGCGACAAUGGCUGGAUCGAGACGCUCCUCGAGGAGAGUUACAACGAGCGCAUGCACCUGCUGACGUUCAUGACCAUGUGCGAGCCCGGCUGGUUCAUGAAGCUCAUGAUCAUCGGCGCCCAGGGAGUCUUCUUCAACAGCCUCUUCGUGGCCUAUCUGCUGCACCCCAAGAUUGUCCACCGGUUCGUCGGAUAUUUGGAGGAGGAGGCGGUGCACACGUACACUCGAGCAAUUCUCGAGAUUGAAGAGGGCCAUCUGCCCAAGUGGAGCAAUCCCAACUUUCGCAUUCCUGAUAUUGCCGUCCAGUACUGGCGCAUGCCUGAAGAGCACCGGACGAUGAAGGACCUGAUCAUGUAUAUCCGAGCCGACGAGGCCAGCCACAGAGGCGUCAAUCACACGCUGGGCAACCUCAACCAGAAGGAGGAUCCGAACCCCUUUGUCAGCACAUUCAAGGACAGGGACGUUCCGAAGCCAUGCCUGAAGCCCGAAGGCUACGAGCGAGAGGAGGUCAUCUGA